AUGUUGUGGGCAUAUGCUGUUAUUUUUCGCGCAGCUAGGGACAACAGCGAAAGAACGCGACGCAACAGUGUCGUUCCAAACAACGGUGAAGAACAAUCCCAAACUCCGCUUCGUUAUGGUAGGCGUCGAAGUAGCACUGCUCCCAUUAUUCUUAGCCGGAAGUUGAGCACUUCAAGUCGGACUAGCUCUCUACUUUGGCACCGGGACGAAUGGAAAGCCGCCAUUACCAGCAUGCUAGUUGUUUCCACAUUUAUCAUCUGCUGGCUUCCAUAUUUCGUCAUUAUUGUCAUGGAGUCUACUAUUCUCCUUCAGUCGGAAGAUAUCCAUCCGUUUAUGCAAGGGACAGCGAUAUUUUUGGCAUUGUCCAGUUGUUUAUUUAACCCGCUGGUUUAUGUGUUUCGCAGCAAGGUGGCACGACAGGAGCUCAUGUCGAUCUUGCAAGCGAAACGCAAUCACGGACUUGUGCGGGGCUCAUCGAAUGCCAACGAAAAUAACGGUUCGUUUCAGAAACGAGGCUCUGACGUCAGUCAAAAAGAACCACCAUUGACUCGAGAAAUUGACACGGGCCUCCCGCGUCUAACAAGCUUAACAGAGACUACUCUCACUUCUGUGCACUCCUAUUUUUGUGGGGUGCAUUUUGGGAGAGGGUAUCUAUCUAUCUAUCUAUCUAUCUAUCUAUCUAUCUAUCUAUCUAUCUAUCUAUCUAUCUCUCUCUCUCUCUCUCUCUCUCUCUCUAUAUAUAUAUAUAUAUAUAUAUAUAUAUAUAUAUAUAUAUCACAGUCUGUUUAUCUAUCUCAUUCUGUUCAUAUCUAUCUAUCUAAUGACCAAUCUAUUUGUCUAUUUAUAUCUAUCUAUAUAUCUCAGUAUUUUCAUUAUCUAUCUAUCUAUCUAUCUAUCUAUCUAUCUAUCUAUCUAUCUCUCUCUAUAUAUAUAUAUAUAUAUAUAUAUCUCACAGUCUGUUCAUCUAUCUCAUUCUGUUCAUAUCUAUCUAUCUAUCUAUCUAUCUAUCUAUCUAUCUAUCUAUCUAUCUAUCUAUCUAAUUACCAAUCUAUUUGUCUAUUCAUAUCUAUCUAUAUAUCUCAGUAUUUUCAUUAUCUAUCUAUCUAUCUAUCUAUCUAUCUAUCUAUCUAUCUAUCUAUCUAUACAUAUCUUCCUCUAGAUAAAUACACAACUAUCUAUCUAUCUAUCUAUCUAUCUAUCUAUCUAUCUAUCUGA